UUGGGUUGUUUUCUAUGCAGCCGAAUGCCGUCCGUGUUCGUUGGCUGUCCCCUAGGGACAUGAAAGCACUCCGGGCAGUGAGUGUGUCUGUGUGGAGUGACAUGGGCCGGACAGGGGUCCAUGUAUGGUGGAUUAAUGUUGAGCAGAGUGAAGCAGGACAAAGAUACGCCGGAGAUAAACGACGCGGCCUAGCUAACCCACCAUCAGCUGUCAGCUUCUGUCAAAAUCAGCACAAGCCAAGUGUACCUCCAGCGCAUCUCUGCGUUGGUUAAAGCCUUUCUUCCUGGCAGCUAACGUAACAGGACUAACGAAGCGCUAAGACACAGCAAGCAUGGAUGUGGUGUCACCAGAGCUCAAUAGCCUCCUUCCUGAUGAAAUCAUGGAUACUGAGGCCAUAGAGGAGGUCCCUCACUCCCAGUCAGAUGACAGUGCAGUCCAGUCAGAGCCUACACAUGACACAUCUGUCCCAAUGGAAACUGAUGCUCCCAUGUCGUCAGAAGGUUUAAGCAUCUGCUCAAAUGCCACGUCAGUGGAGCAUAUCCAGACUGUGACCACCUCUGCAACUACAGACUCCACCCUCAGUGUAAUCCCUGGAAGCCAGUCUUCCAUCACAAUUUCCACUUCACCAACCCUGUUCACCAUUAAACCAGCCUUGGCUACUUCUACAGCUACGACCAAAACUACAGACAGCGUCGCUGGUACUACAGUUUCCACGAGUGGCAUGCAGAAGUUCACAACUCCGUUUGCCAUUUCUGCAGCCAACCACCAGAUCAUUCUUAAUAAGUUAGCCUCAUCUCAAGCCACAGAAGCAGCGAAAGCUGCAGGUACUCCACCCCAAGUCAUCAAACAAGAAGGGCAAAAACUUUUGGUUACAGCAAUAGGGAAAACAGGGCAGCCAAUAGUGCUGCAGUUACCCCACACAGGCAACAAGGCUGGGGUUUCACAGACUUCAGGCGACACAAAGUCUCCAACACCACAGUUUAAAGUGGUGACUAUUGGUGGGAGAGAGCUGAAACCAGUGGUGGGGAGCCCUGGCAACCAGAUGACCACAUUACAGGCCCAGCAGCUAAAGUCUGUACAGAUCCCCAAAAAAACACCAGCAUCGUCAGCUGCUCCAAUCAAGUUUAUCAUCACAAAGACUGUAAACAGCAAAGGUCUGAGUCCUCAGACGUCGGUGACUCCUGUUAUUGCAGGACGCGUCGUGACGCAAACUUCGCCGGCGCUGUCACCGAAAACAAUUACUCUCUCUGAGCCCCACAACACUACAAUACAGAGCAUUCCUGGCCAAAAGAUCGCCAUUUCGCCUCUCAAGACACCCAGCAAGGUGACUGUGGUGUCAGUGGCUUCUCCGCCUUCUAACACCAGCCAGAAGUCAGUAGCUCUGCCUGUCAGUGUAGCACUUGGCCAGCAAAUCCUGGCAGUCCAGCAGUCAACACCUGCGUCUCCAGUCAAGGUGGCCACAAGUCAAACAACAGCACAGAACAUUAAACCUGUCCAGUCGGUCACCGUGGGAGGAGUUGGCGGCUCACAGUUCAAGACUAUCAUCCCACUGGCCACCCAGCAAAAUGUGCAGCAGAUUCAGGUGCCAGGAAGCAGGUUUCAUUACGUUCGCCUCGUCACAGCGACAACGGCCAGCGCCGCCGGCCAGCCCAGCGCUCCCAACACCAGCUCAGUGGCCGCAGGUAAACCUUUGGUGGUGAACGCAGGAGCAGUGAGGAUGUCGGUCCCAGUCAUCCAAGCACAGACAAUGAAACAGGUGGCGCCUAAGCCCUUGACAUCAGCACCACAAGUAGUCACCACCAGUCAAACGCAGCAGCGCCUGAUCAUGCCUGCUACUCCUCUGCCUCAGAUCCAGCCCAACUUCACCAACCUGCCUCCAGGCACCGUCCUGGCAUCAGCCCCUGGUGGCAGCAAUGUGGGUUAUGCAGUCGUUCCAGCACAAUACGUCACACAGCUCCAGCAGUCACAGUUUGUGACACUUGCCAGCAGCUCCAAUUUCCCUGCAUCCAGCAGCAUCCAAACUCAGGCCAAACUCCCUUAUAAUGGUGUGUCGGCAGCAGACACGACUUCAAGACCUAGGAAACCGUGCAACUGCACCAAGUCACAGUGCCUCAAACUAUACUGUGACUGCUUUGCAAACGGAGAGUUUUGUAGUAACUGCAACUGCAACAACUGCUUCAACAAUCUGGAACACGAAACGGAGCGACUCAAAGCCAUCAAGACGUGCUUGGACAGAAACCCAGAGGCCUUCAAACCUAAAAUCGGUAAAGGCAAAGAGGGCGAGUCAGACCGCCGGCACAGCAAAGGUUGCAACUGCAAGCGAUCGGGCUGCCUGAAGAACUACUGCGAGUGCUACGAGGCGAAGAUCAUGUGCUCGUCCAUUUGUAAGUGCGUCGGUUGCAAAAACUUUGAGGAGAGCCCGGAGAGGAAGACACUGAUGCAUCUGGCUGAUGCUGCAGAAGUGAGGGUCCAGCAGCAGACUGCGGCCAAGACCAAACUGUCCUCACAGAUCUCUGACCUGCUGAUGAGGACCACUCCUAUUAUUUCAAGUGGAGGCGGGAGGAUGCCAUAUACGUUUGUAACAAAGGAAGUGCUUGAAGCGACGUGCGAGUGUUUGCUGGAACAGGCCAAACGGGCCGAACAGACUCAUCAGCCUCAGGAAGAAGCAGAGAGGAUGAUCCUGGAGGAGUUCGGACACUGCCUCAUGAGUAUAAUCAGCUCUGCUGGGAAAGCUAAAGCGGACUGUGCCUCUAUCAACUGCUAGGCUGAACUCUUAGAACUCUAACCACAAACUCUUCCUCACCUGGGAUAGGAGUACUGUCUGGUCUGUGCUGGACCCUCUGGGUGCUCUUCUGAAACACAACAGAGAGAUCCUCCUGCCUCAGACUGCUAGAGCUAAGCUGGAUUUAUAGAUUUAAGCAGUUUGGACUGUUCAGCUGCUUGAGCUGGAAAACAAGGACAGAGCACACUGCCUCUGAUGGACUCGCCUUCAGUCAUCCAGCUGUCUGUGGCGCACAGAAAGGACCGGAGCGGAACAUGAAUUUCAGCCUGUUUUUUGCCCUUUAAGGGCCUGUCAGAUCCUUUCUCUCCUCUGUUUCUAUUUUGUACAUUAUAUUGUUUGUCAUCCCGAGGUUUUACAAGAAUCCCUGUAUUUUAAUGUCAUCGGUUUAUUUGUGCUUACAGUAGACAAACAGAACAUGUAUCUUUUGAUAUUUAUUUUAACAAAUCUUUGUAAUCAGUAUGAGUGUUAACAUGCAAGGUUUAGAGUUCUGCAAUCGGUUGAUUAUUAACCGAGGCUAGCCUAUUUCAGAGCAAGGAGGUGGAGAUUUUCUACAUGUACAAACACAGAGAGCCCUCCUCAUAGCAGCUGAACACACUCCACAUUUCUCCUGGUGCUGCUUUCUGCUGUAUUAAACGCUUCCUGUACGUUAACGCACAGGGUGUCGGAAGAGCGUUGAACCCGAAUAACUGAUGUUCCUGGCGCUGCGUGUCAGAGGGUUACCAGAACAGAUCGAUGAACUAUCCACACUGACCGGACGGUUUUCAUCUGACGUCAAUCUUUUCACCUCUCAGAAUCCCAGAAUUUAAACAGAACUUUGCAAAAUUGUCGCCAAAACAAAAAUACACGCUGUAGGUCAAAGUCAUCCCAAAGGUUCAUGUCCAAGAUAACUUUGCUCUGGUGUUGAAAGAAGGUCCCAGAUUCACUUGCUACAUUUGUUAAAUAAAGAAAAAAUCUAAUUCA